AUGAGGUUAGGUUUAAUUUUAUUUCCCCGAGAGGGGGUGUACUGGUGGUCGCGGGACCUCGCGGCCCUACAUGCCACCAGCAACGCCGCCCGCCGUGCUCUCUCCCGGUGCCGAAGACGUCGGCACCAGGAACCGGGCGAGCUGGAGCGCCUUCUUGCAGAAUCACGUUCAGCAAAGAAGGCGCUCUCAGCCGCCAUUGGGGCCGCCAAGGACGCCGCCUACUCUGAGUUCUUGGCGGCCCUAGACGCGGACCCGUGGGGGCGCUCGUACCGGAUGGUACGGGCCAAACUCAAAACGGCGCCCCCCACGGAGGCCAUGGAGCCGGCCGUCCUCAGCGCGGUGGUAGAGGGGCUGUUUCCAGACAGCCCCCCAUUUGAGCCACCGCGCAUGGCGCAGCAGAGGGCUGACAACGAGGAUGACGCCGCCCCUAAUCCUCCUCUGAUAACGGAGGAGGAAAUGCUAGGGGCGGCCCGCCGGCUCCAAGGCCCGCGGAAGGCCCCGGGACCGGAUGGGGUGCCCGGGAAGGUUCUCCCCAUCGCCUUGAAGCACCUCGGGGACCGCCUACGCUGCCUCUACAACGAUUGUUUGGCAGCGGGGCACUUCCCUGAGGUGUGGAAGGAGGGGCGGCUAGUCCUCAUAAGGAAAGAUGGCCGCCCCGCGGACUCUCCGUCGGGAUACCGCCCGCUGGUGAUGCUGGAUGAGGUCGGGAAGUUGCUAGAGCGCGUGAUAGCUUCCCGGAUCAUCCAGCAUCUAGCGAGGGACGGGCCGCAGCUCUCGGUGAACCAAUUCGGGUUCCGGUCAGGACGAUCCACCAUGGACGCCCUGGCCGCCCUGAAGAGGUUCACUGACGAAGCGGCCCAAAAGGGGCAGGGAGCCAUAGCGGUGUCAUUAGACAUCGCCAACGCCUUCGGCUCCCUCCCCUUCGCGGUAAUAGAGGAGGCGCUACGGUAUCACGGAGUGCCCCUCUACCUGCGGAGAGUCGUAGGACACUACCUGCAAGGGCGGGUAGUGUCCUACAUGGGGAGAACUGGCCGUGAGGAAAGGCGGAUGGCCUCCGGUGUUCCACAGGGGUCCGUGUUAGGGCCCCUCCUGUGGAACAUCGGAUUCGAUUGGGCCAUCCGCGGAGAGGUGCUGUCCCGGAUGGCGGUCAUCUGCUAUGCAGAUGACACGCUGGUAGCCGUCCGGGACACUACCUGGAGCCGGCUUAAAAGGAGGGCUGAGGCCGGAGCCAUGUUGUUGACCCGGAGGAUCGAGGCGCUAGGCCUCCGAGUGGCCCUCAGCAAGACCGAGGCCCUUUAUUUUAAAGGGCCUAGGUGGAGGAUUCCUGCGGGGGCCACCCUCCGGGUCAACGAAGAGGAAGUCGGGGUCAGGGCCCGGAUGAAAUAUCUGGGUCUUGUCCUCGACGGGGGCUGGCGCUUCGGCGAUCAUUUCCGAGCGCUGGCCCCCCGGCUCGUGGGAGCGGCCUCAGCCCUGUCGAGGCUCCUCCCUAACCUUAGAGGUCCGGGUGUACAUACGAGACUGCUGUACACCACGGUCGUCAAAAGCAUGGCCCUGUACGGUGCACCGAUGUGGGCAAAUGCCCUCAACGCACCAAACAGGGCCCUCCUCCGCAGGCCGCAACGCAUAAUUGCGGCGCGUGCGUGUCGGGCCUACUGCACGGUAGGCCACGCGGCGGCCUGCGUUUUGGCCGGCACCCCUCCGUGGGAAAUAGAGGCGGGCGUGCUGGCCGAAGCCUACUGGGCGCGGGCAACACAAAGAGCUCGGGGCGAAGCCCCGGCUCCAGAGGAGCUCUCCCGCGCCCGGGAGGCGAGGAGAAAGACGACCGUGGAGCUCUGGAAAAUUAAAUAUUUCACAAGCGGCGUUGACUUUAAGCCUUCAACAUUGAAGGAAUUCAUCCGAGGUCCUUCUAAACACAAGAGAACUAAUGUGGAGACGAAAGCGAGCCCGGAGCCGACGGCGGCGCCGGCUGCGGGCGGGCCUGUGGUGUCACUGGGCGUGCACGUGCACGCGGACACGCCCCCCAUCACACUACAUCUAGACCAAGAUCAGGUGGGCGUGUUAGCGGACGCAUUGCACUGUUUGUCGCAUUUGGCACUGUUGUUGCGCCGGUCGUCCGUCUCUCCGCCCGUGCCAGCUUACACACCCUCAGUUCCUGCUGUCAACAAGUCACUCAUAAGAUCUGUAUCCGAACAGGAAGAGAGAGAAACGCCCUCUGAACGGACACCUAGCGACAACCGCUCAGAUCUUAUUCCAAUAUUUGAAGCGAGCGCCAUAAAACUAGAGACGAAGAUGUUCGUAUGGGUGCAGUGGGUAAUAUCGCGUGCGACGGUCGCAGUAUCGACUGGUCGCGCGCGACUGGCCGCAGACGUGGACGAUAUUAUCGCCACAGUGGAUCUGCAGCCUCACUACAGUCAGUUAAAACUGAAGCUUGCUUCCGCUUCACUACGUCAUUAUCGACGAUCGGAGAGCGAUGAAUGGGAAGCCGGAGCUAUGGGAGGCCGAGUGCUUGAAGCUCGGGAGCCUCUCGACUCCAAACAAGACAACCAUUUCCUAGCCCUCACUGUAACGCAAGCAAAGAUAUCUAAUUUACCAGCCAUUUGGAGAGAAGAGCUACAUCCUAAGUUAUUGGAGCAAAAAUCUCAAGGGUCGGACAGUAUGUGGGAGGUGUAUGUAACACUGGCGCCACUGGAGGCAGUGGUGCAGGCGAGCGUGGUGCGGCUGGCGGCGGCCGUGCUGCGUCUGCUGCGUCCGAGCUCCGCCGCCUGCCCACUGCGCCCGCCCACGCCCACGCCCACGCCCACGCCCACGCCCCGCCCAAUCUCCCACCUCGCCACGACACACGCCCCACUUCGCAGCGAAUGGCAGCUUCCAUUUUUCUACAUGUCGGCCGGCGGCUUGCGACUGCUGCUUACUGAGCACGGGGCAGAGAGUGCGGAAGAUGACACAAUCAUGCUCGUUAUCGGAAAAGUUACUGUAAAUCCACAUCCGGAGAACCCUAUUUGCAGACGUGUAGUGAACGCGUGUGCGGAGACGAGCGGGUGGGCGACGGGCGCAAGUGCUCCUGAUGGCCGACAGUAUGAAGCACUCGCCCGGGGCGUGGCGCUGCGCUCCGCACGCUUUCAUCAGCUUGUCAGACAAGAGGUAAGCGAAGCAGAAAUUAUGAAAGGCACGGGCGGUGAAAAUCCAGCAUUGAAAUGGAGUCAGCCAACGAUUUCACCUGUCAUCACACCAAUAUUACAUUCUGUGGACGUGGAGUGCGUGGUGGCGCCUACGGUGGUGGUGUACGACGAGGAGGGGCCGACGGUGGCAUGCGGGCCAGCACUUGAACUCAAUCUCGCCUCCGACUGCUCCGUCGAGCUCGGCCUGCACCAGCUCGCGCUCCUCGUCUCCCUCAGCGAUUCAAUGCGGGAUGCCCUCACACACGGGGUGGAAGACGUUGAUGCAGAUGAGGCUGAGGAGGAGUCGAACACGUGUCCUUACUCGCAGCUGAUCCCCGAGCCGCUGUCGCCCUGGCCAGAUACAGCGCCCAUGCCGCCUACACCAUCCUCCGCGACCGUCGCGCCUACAACCUCAGCAAACUCCACACCUGCUUCUCCUUGGACAACGCGAAGUGAUUCGAUGCGGGGAGGCAUGGAUUCGGGUGUGGCGUCGGCCGCCUCGCACUGCGCAGCCAAAUAUAGCUUAAGUGAGGAGCCGCAGGGACCCAUCAAGAAAAAUGUAUCCAUUGCGCUCGCAAAUCAUAGGAUCGAUCCAUGGGAACAUUUUGAGUUGUUUGUGACAAUGGGGGUGAUCGAAGCUUGUUUGUAUGCUGCGGAUACUGGCGGCAGCGAGUUAGCGCCGCUACGCGCUCGCGAACCGCCAUUGGCCGACCAUGUGCCAGUGUCGGCCCCGCCCAGCGCCACACCGGGCCCCGCCACUGACACAGCGCCCGAAGACCAGUCACGCCCCAAUGUUAGUUUCAAAGACAUUAAAGAGACGAGUAAGAAAGACGACGGACGCGAGUCAGCGACCGCCGGCAGUUACUUGCAGAUGAUCCAUAUUAGCUUGCAACAACCAAACCUGUACUACUGGCGAAAAGAAACACAGAGGACGUUUCAGGUAUCGUUGUUCGACGCGGGCGUGGCGCUCGGAGGAGGUACAUCGCGUCGUGUGCUACUGAGUACUGAGCGCGGUACCCGAGACCCACUCACCGACAUUCCGCCAGCCCUCGCCACACUUAGAGCAACCAUACCCACCACCAGUAUUUCUGCAACGGUAAUACCGAACGCGCGAGGCACGCUUCAGUUAGAUAUAGAGCGACCUGUUCUGUUUGAUGUUUGCACGGACCGACUGAUGCGUCUUCAUACUAUUGUCAAGUUGGUCAAUAAGCAGUUGAAGCAAGUGAAAACAACGACAGAAGAAGAUACAACUCAGUCUUCUAUGAGGAGAUUACGCAAAUUAAUGAGUGGGAGUGCGGGGGUCUGUGGGGACGGCGGGGUGGACGAGCGCGAGCGCACACGUCACCGCCGCCGUACGUCCCGACCGCCUCAACGCACGCGUACUGUUGCCUGCGCAGGCGCGCCCUGCGACGCCCGCAGACCGGUACUGCUGCCAGUGAACGUCGGGGCUACGGUGGUGGCGACUUGGGAGGGAUGGCGGCGCAGUGGGGGUGGGGCCGGGGGCGGAAGCGGCGCGGCAGGAGGCGUGCGCGGCGCGCUGUAUGCCGACGCGGUAACGCUCGAUUUGCGCCCCGGCGACCUCGAAGCCCUCUCCGUUUUGCACCACGCCGUCCUGCAUCUGCAGCAGUUUUUAAAAGGCGAAACUCAAGAUUCGUGGAUUAACGUCGGCGAGAAAAAACCCAGUACAUCGUCUACAGCAACCGUAUCGUCUACCAGCUCGCUCGAGGAUCUCGCCGAUCAUUACUACAAGGAUGAUCUCAGGAGCGGCGCGUUCAAGUUGGUGCGCGGCGGACAGGUGCCGAUGGCGUACCAGGUGCGAGCUAUGGCCAGCGCGCUGGCCUGGCGUUACCCGCACCCUCGCGCCCUCACCAGGCUUGUCGCGUUCCCUGUCCCGGGAUUGGAUGAAGAGAUGGAGUGUGUGCUGGAACUGUUCGAUUCUACGCUGAUGCGGUGGGAGCCGCACACCUACUUCCACUUGCCCACCAGCGAGCCAAGGGAAUUUAAACUUGAUGGAAACCCAGCGGCCAUGGUAUUCGCGUUAAUGUGGCGUGUACGACUGAGCCCGCGAGCGGAGGACGAGCAGACGCCAUUCCUCUUCGACGCCAAUAAGUUCAUGUCGCAACAUGACCCCUUGGGUGCGGACGCGAUGUGGUCCGCCGUGUCCGACACGGACUGCGACAGCGCAGGGAGUAGCGCGGGGGGCGGAAUGGGGGGCGGACAACUCACCUCGGAGCAGCUGUGGGGUUCGAUGCGCGUCGAUUCAUACUUUGCGCCCCGCCUGCUGCCGCCUACACGUGUUGCAAUGCGUCUCGCAGCGCUCAGCAUAUACCUGCACAAUGACAUGCCCGCCCUAAACGAGGAGAAUUGUAGGAAAUUGGAAGGUCUAUACGUAUCGAGGCCGCUGCGGCGCAGUCACCGCGUGCUGUCGCUGUCCGCGCGCGACAGCGCCGCCCACCUACACCUGGGCCCUGCCCCCUCCACCCGACGCUGUCUUAUGCACGCCCACUUCUCAAGCGACAUCUUGGAUUGCACUACGGGUACCAUGGAGCGACUCGUGGAGGAGUUCCGGGUGCAGGCUUCAGUGUUGCUGACGCCCGUGCGGGAUUCCGAGGCGAGAGAUUGGCGCGUGCGCACGUGCGCUGACCACGUAUACGUGUCGCUGAACGUGCCGCACGUCUACACUUUGCAGGCGCUGGCCAACGACUGGCAACACGCAUACGAUCAGUAUGUACUGAAAGAAAAAGAUUGUGUGGAGAGCAGUGCGACGGAGGAGAAUGAGGAGCCGGAGUUGUCAGAGGAGGAGGAGUCACAGCGUGCACUGCGCGGACGCGUCUCGUUGUGGUUGUACAACGAGUGCGGAGCCGCACUUCGCGUGUCUCAACUUGCUACCGAAGAACUGCUUCCGUUGGGCCCCGAUUCCAUGCUUGCGUAUAGAUGGCACUCCCCAAACGAGGCGAAAAAGCUACGAUUCUCCCUCGCCAAUCCAUCAACGGACUGGCACUGGUCUAAUAGUAUACCUUUCGCGGAAGGCAAGUACUUGGUACGUCUGGAAGAGCCGAAUGUAUGUCUGAACGGGGGCGGGGCUGUGAGUGACAAAGCGUGCGGGGCAGACGUGGCGCCGGGGAUCUCCCGCCUCGCGCCGGGGGCAGGCGUGUUCAUCUACGCGCGCGUCACCGAGGUCGGCCCCACGCGCACCAUGCGUCUGACUGGCCGACUCACGCUUGCUAACAUGCUUCGACAUCCACUACUCUAUAAGUGCGCAGGCGAGCUGUCCCCCGAGCGCGUCUGCCCCGCCCUCCUCUGUGAGACGGCCGCCGAUCUCUCUCUUAAGGUGAAAUUCUUGUCCCACGAUGCCGGUUGGUCGGGUGAUAUUCCAAUAAAAGAAUGUCCAAAAGAAAAUGUACCAUGGCUGGUUAAAGUGCCGAGUGGCGGUGACAUGGCGUACGUGUCGGUGUGGUGCCGCGUGUCUCGCGCCACCUCCGACGGCCGCCUGCUCGCCACCUUCUGGCCGCUCUUCAUGCUGCGCUCUCAUCUCUCCCUAGAUACAGAGGUGAUGAUAACAACAGAGUUGUCGGAUACUAUUAUGGGUAAGAGUGGGGGGACGGAGACGGGUGCCAAGGGGGCGGCGCCUGGACUGGUGCAGACGGCGUUGGGGCGCGGCGCUACCACACACCUCACUGCGCCCGGCACCACCGCCGCCCGCCACACUCUCACACUACAGUAUAAGAACAUAGACUGCCCAGUGACGCCGAAGGGGUUGCCUUUGCACUACGGCAUUACGCAGACAUCAGUGUUUGACGAGAGUCAACCUGUACAGGACAUCGACGAUGUACUCCGACACAUAAACAACUGGCUACGAGAGUGGGGCCGCGAGGCGCGGUCUGAUUGGCCUUACUCGCUGGUGCGCCGGCACUGGCGCGGUGUGUGGCAGCCGGCGCUGUUGCAGCCGCGUACAGAUAUCACGGUGCAGUACAGCGCGGUGUGCGCGGGCGGCGGUUGCUCGCUGGCGGCACAGCUCUGGCCGGUGAUGUUACUCGCCAACGCCGCGCCCAUGCCGCUCACACUACGCGCACACGACGCCGCACCACUCUGCCGCCUCGAGCCUGGACAUGUUGUCUCGCCACCGUCCACUCUGCUCACGAAACCUUUCUUCCUGUCGCUGGAGAUGGGUCGCGAGACAUUUGUGAGCGAGCCGUUGGUGGUGAGUUCGCAGGAGCCGGGCCGCUACGGUGCUCUGCCGACUGGUCACCUGGCCCUCGGUCACGCCGCAAACAUCGCCAUACAAUGCAAUCACAAGGUAGCAUUGUUUACCAUGUAUUUGGAAGUAAAAGAAGACAUGAACGUGUUGGGCAUCACUUCAACUUAUGUUCUCAGAAAUGAUAUGGACACUGAUGUUAUGAUAACUUGCAUUGCAGUACCGGAAGGCACCGACGAUGAAGUGCUGCUAAAUCCGAAGUCAUUUAAAGUGAUCCCGCCUUCAAAGGAUAAACGAUGUGUGGGUGAAGCACUGUGCCGCGCGUGGAUAUGGAGUCGUUGGCGUAGUGGAGCUCGUGCCAACACAUUCCUAUGUGUUUCGCUAACACACGACAGCGCCGUGCCUGUACGUCUGGCCACGCCCCCCGAGCACGCCGGCCCCGCCCACCACGGCGCGCAGCCCUCACGACGAGCGAUCGCACUGCGCGAUCACAACAACCAAUCUGUACCAGUGGUGGUGACUCAGCACCACCAUGACGGCCGCUGGCAGGUGGUAGUGGCGCGCGACCCCUGCCCGCAGUUCGUCGUGUACAACGCGACGGGCGAAAGGCUCGCAGUCGCACAGGUCGAUCAGCCCGAAGUAUAUGAUGACUACCAACAGAAUACCGCGUCUAAUAAUGUCAAGGCAGUGAGAGAGUGCGAGGGGGCCCGCUGGAUGUGCACGGUGGGUCCGGGCAUGAGUACGCACUACACGACGCCGGCGUACUGCGCACGCUACCCCACGCCCGCCUCAGACGCAGACAACGGCGACGCCCUCGCUCCCAUAUUCCUUACAUUUGCCCGAGCAACAGAGGAGGAACGAAUGCCCAAGUGGUGUGUGCCGGUGGGUGUGGUGAGCGGCGAGCAGCUGGUGCAGCUGGCCGGUCUGACGGUCAAACUGCGCGUGCGCACCUCCCCCCACUCUACCCUGCUCGAUAUACAACACGUCCAACAGAAAAAGCAACUCUACACUUCAAGAAUAAUGGAGACUUCAAGUUCUCGCUUGCGCAAUAAUUUUCUAUCUCGAGGCAAUAUCAAUAUAAAAGAUGAUUUGAUUUCACAAUCUAGUGAUACAAAUACGAUUCAAUCGUUAAAUGUCAAAGAGUUGUCCGUUGACGUUGAAAGAGGUGCUAACGCACAGCUCUCAUCACGUGGUUUGGAGAGAGAGCUGACGAGAAGUGUACUGGCAGUGGGAAAUGAAGAUAAUUCUCAGGAUUCAAUAGUGCAGUGCCUCUCUGAGGCCGAUCAGUCCAGUUUCAAGGAACUUUUAUACGGCGGCGAGCAGCAGCAGCAGCAGCAGCAGCAGCAGCACCAGCAGCAGGAAGAGGGCGGUGACGGCGGUGGGUGGGGGCUGGGAGGUGGCGAGCGCGCUUUGUGCGAGGUGCGCGGUGUACACAUCCGCCUCUCCGCCGCCGCUGACCGACCACCGCUCGUCGCUCUGCAUCUCGACAACCUGCUGGCCCUCAACCACGCAGACAUGCAUAGGGGCCGAGCGACGAUAUCAGUGUCGUCUCUCCAGAUCGACAACGCUCAGUACUCGAGCGGGGAGUACGAUUUCGCGGUUGUGGCAACGUCGCGUGCGCCGCUGCCCCCGGCCCCGCGCUGGCCGCCGCUGUGGGGCACCGCGCCCCCGCAACAAUCCAGCGACCAAGAUGUCCUCAACCUAGAUAUUAUCACCGAAGCGUGGUUUGUCGCCGAACAAGACUUCUGUGAGAUAACGGAAGUGGAGGUGCGUGUGGGUGCGCUCGCGCUGUACAUCGAGGACGCGUACGUGCGACAGUUGGCCGCGCUGCUGCGGGAGGCGUGGCCGGCACGAGACAGCGACGAGUGCGCGCACGUGCUCGCCGCCGCGCGCCGCGUGCAGCGCCCCCUGCGCCUGCGCACACUCACCGUCAUGCCCAUAGAUCUGUUGCUCACUCUGCAUACUGCCGCGCACAUGUACAUUGCGUUGGAUCAGAGUCCGCUGCGUCUGGCCGCGUUCCGACAGCGCGCAAUGGUCACCUCAGUGGAGCGGCUUACGCAUGCCUUCACCGUACACUAUCUGUCCGCAGCGCUUCUCAGUGCAGGUUGGGUGGUGGGGGGUCUAGAGUUGGUGGGUGCGCCAGUGGCGCUGGCGGCGCGAGUGGUGGGAGCGGGCGGCGGCGUGCGGGGCGUGGCGAGCGCGACCGCAGCCGCCGUACUGCGGUCGCUCAGCGCCGCCGCCAGCUCCUUGGCGCGCAACCUCGAUUUACUCGCCGGUGACAUCGAACACGCGGAGCGAGCUGCCGCCGCGAGGAGACAACCCCCUUCCAGUUUAUUAGCCGGUCUUACAGCGGGACUCACUAACUUCGCUAUCAAUAUACUUGGUGCGGUGGGCGGUCUCGCGCACCAUUCAGUGGUGGGCGUGUGUGUGGGCGAGGCUGGAGGCGGGACGGCGCUAAGGCGUGGUUUAGUCGGCGCUUUGACUAAGCCCCUUAGCGCCACUGCUGACCUGCUUGCGUAUGCCGGUCAAGGUCUACUCGCGCAGACCGGCUGGGAUGUAACGCCUCAGCCAAGGGCAUGGAGCGGCGACGAGGGAGAGGCUAGUAUAGGUCCGGCGGGCGUGUGGCAGCGCGAGUGCGUGCGCUGGGCGUUCAGGCUCGCCGACUUGCCCGCGAUCUCCGGCUUCCGAGUGCUGCUCGACAACGCGCCUCUCCUACUCAUCAUUACACAAAAGUUCCUGGUGGUGGCGGACCCUCACACCGAGCGCAUCGUCGAAAUGAUAGAUCUAAAGUCGUGCUCGGUACAGCCGCUAGUUGGACACGUCGUAGAGUUGGUGGUUAAACAGCGGCGGUCUCCAAAGACUCCAGAUUCUAACGGGCCAGAUGAAGACAACGAGUAUCAAAUAAGCGCCUCAGCUAUGGCUCGUGUUGCGCGGUACACGGGGGCGGGGUCGGCGGGCAUUAGGGCGGAGCUAGAGGGUGGGGCGGGCGCGAGCACGACGGGGGCGGGGCCAGAGGCGGGCGCACGCAACUUGCUACUGCGCACCGCGCCCACACAGACGUACUCGCUGCACGCUACACUCUGCGCAGCCAUACAACACAACUGCGCCGUACACUUUCCAUUACUGUAA